CUCAAUCAAGCAAAAACCCACAAACUCAGCACACCAACAAAGAAAAGGUCGAUCGAGAGUCGAGAGUAAAUCAUGGAGAGAAAACAUCACUUCGUGUUAGUUCACAACGCUUUUCACGGAGCAUGGAUCUGGUACAAGCUCAAGCCUCUCCUUGAGUCCGCCGGCCACCGCGUUACUGCCGUCGAACUCGCCGCCUCCGGGAUCGACCCACGACCGAUCCAGGACAUCGAAACCUUCGAAGAAUACUCCAAACCGUUGAUCGAAACCCUAAAAGCUCUACCAGAGAACGAACAGGUGAUUCUGGUUGGAUCAAGCUUCGGAGGCAUCAACAUAGCUCUCGCCGCCGACAUAUUUCCGGCGAAGAUUAAGGUUCUUGUGUUCCUCAACGCCUUCUUGCCCGACACAACCCACGUGCCUUCUCACGUUCUUGAUAAGUAUAUGGAGCUGCCUGGAGGUUUGGAAGAUUGUGAGUUCUCUUCUCAUGAAACAAGAAACGGGACAAUGAGUUUACUGGAGCUGGGACCAAAAUUCAUGAAGACUCGUCUUUACCAAAACUGUCUUAUCGAGGAUUACGAGCUGGCAAGCAUGUUGCACAGACAAGGGUCAUUUUUCAAAGAGGAUCUAUCAAAGAAAGAAAAGUUUAGCGAGCAAGGUUACGGUUCGGUGCAACGAGUUUACGUAAUGAGCAGUGAAGACAAAGCCAUUCCAUGCGAUUUCAUCCGUUGGAUGAUUGAUAAUUUCAACGUCUCGAAAGUAUACGAGAUCGACGGUGGAGAUCACAUGCUGAUGCUCUCCAAACCACAACAGCUCUUUGACACUCUCUCUGUCAUUACCGCUGAUUUUAUGUAACAAUAAACUCAUGAUCACUGUUAGUUUAUUUUAUGGGCUUCAUUAAUGAAAUAAAACGUUUCAGUAAAAUUACAAGUA